AUGGAUGCUGUUUAUUUUAUUCGUGAACCAGUAACGAUCAACAACAGUCACCAUGAAGCCUUGUUGGUGGACGGUCGUUCUCCUCGCGGUCACUACGGUGGCGCUCUGUUCGCCACUCAUCAAUGAACUUGAACCAGGACAAGAAUGGCCAAAGCGUGGUUCAGUAAAACAGCCGCAGGACGAGUCAGAAGAUGAAGACACCUUAACAGAAGAAACGCCUCCCUCCCACCCGGAGGCAGAAAUUCUAGGAGAAAUUAAAGAAGAGAUUUCGAGUCUAGCGAGAGCGGCUGAGAAUGCUGAUACUAAAGUAGACUAUUCGGGCGCGCAGCUGUGGAAAGUUUCUACGGAGAAAACUGGCGUUCGAGCUACUCUAGGAAGACUACGUCGCAGAAAUCUUAUAUCCACUUGGGCUGGUAACCAGACUUACAUGGACAUACUCGUAAAACAAACUGCUGUACAAAAUGUGACUAGAGUUAUGAAAAGAGAGAACAUUACGUAUGAUAUUAUAAUAGAGGAUUUGCAAAAAAGAAUAAACGAAGAAAAUCCCCCACUCGACGAAAAUGAAGUCGAGCUUCAGGACAGACGAGGUCAUCGCAUGACAUGGAAACAGUACCAUAGGUUGGAAGAUAUCCACGGCUUUAUGGAUUAUUUAGCUAAAACAUAUCCAAAAAUCGUGAGCGUUAAUACAAUCGGGAAAUCGUAUGAGGAAAGAGACCUAAAGGUUUUACGUAUAUCUGAUGGAAAGCCAACAAACAAAGCGGUAUUUAUAGACGGAGGUUUCCACGCGCGCGAAUGGAUAAGCCCGGCAACCGUUACUUAUAUUAUAAAUCAAAUUGCGGAAAACUUUGAUGAGGAAUCUGACGACAUCAAGAAUAUUGAUUGGUAUAUACUGCCAGUUGUAAACCCAGAUGGAUACGAAUACACGCACGUUAAAGAUCGCUUAUGGCGAAAGAACAGGAGACCAGGUAUAGGAAGGCAGUGCGUUGGAGCUGAUCUCAACAGAAACUUUGGAUACCGAUGGGGUGGAAAAGGUGCUUCAAGCAAUCCCUGCAGUGACAUUUAUCGAGGUUCGAGACCAUUCUCUGAACCUGAAUCCAGAGCCAUUGCAGAAUUCAUCAAAACAAGCACUGCAAACUUCAGUGCCUAUUUGACAUUCCACAGUUAUGGACAAUAUUUAUUGUACCCAUGGGGCUAUGAUACCGUGGCACCGCCAGAUCACAAAGAUCUGGACAUUGUUGGAAAAAAAAUAGCAGCAGCUAUCGAAACCACAGGUGGUUCUAAGUUUACAGUAGGCUGCUCAAGUAAGCUCCUAUAUCCUGCUUCAGGAGGCUCUGAUGAUUGGGCUAAAGGUCAAGGAAUUAAAUACACUUACACCAUUGAACUGGGUGACACUGGCCGCUAUGGUUUCGUCCUACCUACAACAUUUAUUGAACCCGUGGCAAGAGAAGCUUUAGCUGGUAUCAGAGUACUUGCCAGUGAAAUACAUAAGCUCUAAAUAUUAACUCUAAUCCUAUAAUAAUCCUCUCAUUAUAUUUAUUCUAAUUUAAGUAGUGAUGUCGAUAUAUUUAAAUGUUUAAUUUAUUUAGAGAAUGAAAAUAUAUUUGAAAAUUGUUUGUUUAUUUUUAACGUCCUUACCUUUUCUUUGAUUGUUUUCGUAUUAAUUGUCCGUAUUUCACUGUCAUUGGGCUUGGUAAUUUUUAUUUGUGGUAUAUUUGUUUCGAUAUAUGAAUGAAUACCGUUCACGGCGGUCGCUAUGGGACUAGUUUUUAAAAUAUUUUCAGUCUCAUUGGCAAUAUCCUCUGCUCGCUUUAAAAUUAAAUCCACAUCAUCAACAUCUUCACCAAUUUCCGUAUCCUUAUUUUUAUUAUCCGAAAGUUUUUUAAUUUCAUUAAAUAUCAUUUUAAUCUCUUCAUCACUGUCCUUAAAUGCCUCACAAUUUUUUUCCUGUAUCAAAAACUCUCUUGUACUGUUAUCAGUGGAAGUUAUUUCCUGCGUAAUCAAAACCGAUUCCGCCAUAAUAUAUUUAUCUUAAUAAAAUUAUUUAUUGUAAAUAAAAUUACUGAAUUACUCUGAAA